UUGGUUUUGGUUUGGUAAGAGAGAGAGAGAGAGAGAGAGAGAUGGAAAAUUCAAGUGGUUCAAGGGUGACUUGUCUCAUAUUGAGAAUAAUAACUUUUGUGUUUCUUUUCAUCUCCUUCUUCAUUCUUGUCACCACUUCCAAAACCGUCAUGGGAGUUAGGCUCCAUUUCAACCAAUUUCAUGCCUAUAGGUACGUGCUAGCUACCAUCAUCAUCGGUAUCAUCUUAAAUCUCUUGCAAAUCGCAUUCUCGCUCUUCAAUACCGUUAAAAACGGUAGUGGCACUAUUCUAUUCGACUUCUUUGGUGAUAAGUUUUUGUCGUACCUUCUAGCGACGGGGAUGGCAGCUGGAUUUGGUCUUACGGUGGAUUUGCAGACAACAGACGCAGAUGAUGAGUAUGGAGAAUUCUUUGAUAAGGCAUAUGCAGCAUCAGCUCUUCUUUUAUUUGCAUUCUUUUGUGCUGCAGCUGUGUCUAUUCUCUCUUCCUUUGCACUCUCCAACAGAGCUUAAUUAAAAAAUUAGUUUCCUAAUUAUUAAUCAGUUCUUUGCUUUCUUUAUUUAAUUCUUUAUCUUUUUCCUCACAACUUGUGUAUCGAAAAGGAUAUUGUUUCCAUAAAUUAUUUUCCUCUAUUUUAAGAUCAUGUAUUGGGAUGUUGAGAAUUAGCUUUUUU